ACCAACCAAACCUCAGCUGAUUUAUCAGGGUUCCUCAUUCCUCCAGUUGUUUUUCAAGUUUAUACUGUUGGAGUCGAGAAAUCCGGAGUGAUACGGGUGAGGUGUCCCGGAGAUUAUCGAAGAAUGUGUAACUGUCGAGUCAGUGGGCAAGCCGACUCCCUGGGGCCCUCGAGUAGUCAAUUAUCGGGCGGAUUUUGAGCUGAAAACAUGUCACUAUGGGCUGGAGCCAGGAAACACUUGAUACUCGCUGUUUUUGCCACUAUUGGUGUCGUCGUCGGCGGGAAUAUUGGAGCGUUGAAUGUUUGCGGGCCCGAUACGUCUGAUGAAACAUUCUCCAGUUUGGUGUUUGUCAGUACUCUAGAUGGAAAUCUGUUGGCUCUCGAUCUGAAUAAGAAUGGAGAGAAAAAAUGGAGCGUUGAUUUCGAGGAUAAACCGAUGCUGUCAUCCAGUAUUCACAAGCGGGAGUUGAAUAAUGACGGGCAUUGGGUGAGGCUGAUUCCCUCCCUGAGCGGAGGGCUAUAUAAAUUUGACGGUGAGAACCUGGAGUCCCUGCGGGUCACCCCCCAGCAGCUCCUGCGCUCGUCAUUCCGUUACUCCGACGAUCUGGUGCUCUCGGGGUCCGGGGAGACCCGGACCUACGGCAUCUCCAGUUCAACGGGGAAGAUCCUGUACCACUGCCACGAGGGCAGCUGCACGAACAUGACGGAGAACGAGAGAUACCUGGAGCAGGACGUCCUCAUAGUCAGGAGGUUUCAAGACACUGUUCGAGCUGCAGAACCUCGAACAGGCCAGGAGAGAUGGAACUACUCAGUUGGACAGCACGAACUAGAGCUCAUCCCCAACGAGAACCAGAAGUGCAACAGUAAAUUGAUCCAAAGGAUGGAGAAUGUCGUAUUGAAGGUGAACAUUCCAGAGGGUCUGAUCUGGGCGGUCAACAAGACGAACCCUGGGAUCAAGUUGUGGCAGUACAAGGUGAACUCCCCGAUAGUGUCGGUAUGGCGAGAGCAUGGAGAACGAAAGGAGAGUGACUAUGGCGACAGCACCAAGAAGCUGACGUCCUUGAAUUUAUUCGAGAGCACCCAGCGGAACUGGGGGAACGAGCACACGGUGAGCCCGGAUAUCUACGUGGGGAUGCACGAUCGUCAGCUGUACAUUCAGGAGAACGUGAAGCAUGUCAAGCUAAUAGGCACUGCGGGCCCCCCUCGGACGUACCCCUGGCGUCCGUACCCAGCCUCUGAGACAGCCCUGGCGAUCCACCAGGAAGACGCCUCCCUUUCGACCGCCCUCUCAGUCCUCUACAACUCUGAAUUCAUCAAUGGCAACGGUUUCUACCUGCACAGCAAAGAGGUCCUGCAGCAAGAGGACUCCAACCAGUGCAACAAGACCCAUGUGCCUCUUCUGGAGGCCCCUGCCCCCCCAGACCCACCCCAGGAGGACCCUUACUCCGAGGAGACCCCAGUCCAAGUGAUAAUCGUCUCCCUCUGGUACUGGUGGAAGGAGGUCCUCAUAAUCUCAAUCACGACAGCCAUUCUCUUGAAUUUCAUGCUGACCCAACGGCUCCUCAAUGCUACCACUCUUGUCAAGGACGCAGUGCUGCCUCCCUUGAUCGUUGAGAGGCCUCUGCCCCCGAAUGGAGCCCCUCCUAAGCCACCUCCAGCCCUAGAUUGCUCGGGAGAAUUCGUCUCCAGAUACUUAACCGACUUCGACCCAGUGGACUGCCUGGGUAAGGGUGGCUACGGUGUAGUCUUCGAGGCGCGAAAGAAGAUAGACCACGUGAACUACGCAGUGAAGAGGAUCACCCUCCCGAACAACGAGGACGCGAGGGAGCGAGUAAUGAGGGAGGUUCGAGCCCUGGCUAACCUGGACCACCAGAACAUCGUUCGAUACUUCCACGCCUGGUUGGAGUGCCCCCCAGCUGGCUGGAAGGAGGAGCACGACGACCUGUACAUCAACAGACAGAAGUUCUCCCCCUCGGAAUUCCCCUCCGAGGUAUCAAUGACACCUUCAAAACCGAAUGCCUCUGUCUGCAUCGACCUCCCAAACAGCGAAAAGUCCUCAGUUGAUUCGGCAUUCGAGGCACUGGAGCUCAACAAGGUCAACGACGAAUCUUCCUUCAUUGUUUUUGACGAGGGGAGUGAUGACUCUGCUGUCACCGAAGAGAUCUACGACUCUGCUGGCAUCACAGAGGCUUCGGGAUCAGCCAAUUAUCCCAGGGGAGACGAUGGUGAUGAUGUUGGAGAAGAGUCAGAGUCUAUAGUCUUUCGGAACACCUGCAGCUCUGCGAAAAUCGUCGAUGAGGUCGACAAGAGUGAGAGGGACAAGAGGAAAGCGUCCCUGUCGCUGAACCUGGGGCAGAGGUCCACGAGGAAAAUCCCCAGAAUGUUUCUGUAUAUUCAGAUGCAGCUGUGCCACAGGGAGAGCCUCAGGGAGUGGAUGAAGCGUCAGACGCAGGACAGAAAUCCUGACAAUGUCGAGAGUAUUUUCCAGCAGAUUGUGGAUGGGGUUGAGUACGUUCACCUUCAUGGGCUCAUCCACAGGGACUUGAAGCCCUCGAACAUAUUUUUUUCUUAUGACAAGAAAGUCAAGAUUGGGGACUUUGGACUCGCCACUGCCAUGACUGAGGGCUGGGAGGAGCCCAGGACCCCCAAUGGGGGCGAGGGCGUGGGGAAUGGUCUGCACACGGCCCAUGUGGGGACACAUCUCUACAUGGCACCUGAGCAGAUGAAUGGACAGGUUUAUAAUUAUAAGGUGGAUAUUUACUCGUUAGGGAUCAUUUUGUUCGAGUUGUUGAGCCCCUUUGGGACUGAUAUGGAGAGGAUGAUGGCCAUCUUGGAUCUGAGGAAGGCGAUUUUUCCAGGGGGGUUUGGGGAGAAACAUCCCAGGGCGAUUGAACUUCUGAGGAUGAUGCUGGAUGAAAACCCUGGGAAGAGGCCCACCACUCUGGGGGUCAAGGCGAGACCACCGCUGGCGAAGAGUGAGUGGAGGGUGGAGAACGUGGGGGACGAGGGCAAGUGGCAUUUUGAUCUGCCACAGAUCAGCAGACAUUCUUCGGUUAAUAAUAGCAGUAGUGGAGAGUCUUGGGAUAUUAGUGCGUCUUAGUUGCGUGAGGGACGUGGGGGUGGACAUGUUAUUGAGGGGAGGAUGUAAGAGUGAAUUAACGUUUAUGGGAAUGGGGUUCUGGAGAGUAGAGAUUACUCUAAGAUUUUUUGAAGGGGAAUCUGUUGACGAAUUGAUUCAUCAAGAGAAUGGGAGAAGAGAUGAGUUUUAGAAGUAUUGAAAGUUUAUUUCCCGAAAAUGUGUAGAAGGCUGAGAUUUACGGCAAAAUGUGAAAAUAUAUUUUUUGUAGCCUAUUAAAUUCUCUACAAAAAAUAUCUUUCAACAUUUUCCUCUAAACCCAAUCGUUCGAGAGUUACUCACAAAAGAAUGAUCAGAAACUUCGUCACUCAUCUCUAUUCCUUUCUCUCCAGUAGAAUAAAUGGCAUGAAAGUUCCGAGAAUUUACAUUUAAUUUACAAAUGUUAAGUUUUAAUACUUAAGUUCACCAAACUCAAUUGUACCAAUUAUUAAAUUCCAGUUAAUAAUUAAAAAAUUAUUGUUAUCACAGUUGUAGAUUAAGGAUGAGAGAAUGGGGAACGAGUACAACACUCCAGUGAUGAUAACUGUAUUCACUAAUGCGAAUUCUUGUGAUGUUUUUUUGCGAAGGAGUGCGACAAGGCUGUCCUCAAUUUUUAUGUAAAUACAAUGAACCAAGAUAUAACUUAAUUUUUUUAUAAUAAAGAUCAUAAUAUCAAUUGUAUCUCAGUAAUGAUAAAACAUCACUUUGUAUUUUCAAAGUAUUUAUUGAUUAAAUCGAAAUCAUUGAAGUUCGAUGAUUUCUGCAGUGAGA